ACAGAGAAUCUGCUUCCGUAUCAGAGGGUACAGGCCGCGAGAUGCGGAAGAUGGCAGCGGCCGUGGGCUCUGUGGCGACUUUGGCGACUGAGCCCAGGGAGGACGCCUUUCGGAAACUUUUCCGCUUCUACCGUCAGAGUCGGCCCGGGACCGCAGACCUGGAAGGGGUCAUCGACUUCUCGGAGGCCCACGCAGCCCGUGGGACGGGUCCUGGUGCCCAAAAGGUGAUCAAAUCUCGGCUAAAUAUGUCUUCUGUCAGUGAGCACAAUGCAUAUAGAGCAGGUCUUCAGCCCGUCAGCAAGUGGCAAGCCUAUGGACUCAAAGGCUAUCCUGGGUUUAUUUUUAUCCCAAACCCCUUCCUCCCAGGUUACCAGUGGCACUGGGUGAAACAGUGCCUUAAGUUAUAUUCCCAGAAACCUAAUGUAUGUAACCUGGACAAACACAUGUCUAAAGAAGCGACCCAAGAUCUGUGGGAACAGAGCAAAGAGUUCCUGAGGUAUAAAGAAGUGACUAAAUGGAGACCCCGAAGUUUACUGGAGAAACUGCGUUGGGUGACCGUAGGCUACCAUUAUAACUGGGACAGUAAGAAAUACUCAGCAGAUCAUUACACACCUUUCCCUUCUGACCUGGCUUUCCUCUCAGAGCAAGUAGCCGCUGCCUGUGGAUUUGAGGAUUUCCGAGCUGAAGCAGGGAUCCUCAAUUACUACCGCCUGGACUCCACACUGGGAAUCCACGUAGACAGAUCUGAGCUAGAUCACUCCAAACCCUUGCUGUCAUUCAGCUUUGGACAGUCUGCCAUCUUUCUCCUGGGUGGUCUUCAAAGGGAUGAGGCCCCCACGGCCAUGUUUAUGCACAGUGGUGACAUCAUGAUAAUGUCGGGUUUCAGCCGCCUCUUGAACCACGCAGUCCCUCGUGUCCUUCCAAAUCCAGAAGGGGAAGGCCUGCCUCACUGCCUAGAGGCACCUCUCCCUGCUGUCCUCCCGAGAGAUUCAAUGAUAGAGCCUUGUUCUAUGGAGGACUGGCAGGUGUGUGCCAGCUACUUGAAGACCGCUCGUGUUAACAUGACUGUCCGACAGGUCCUGGCCACAGACCAGAAUUUCCCUUUAGAACCCAUCGAGGAUAAAAAAAGAGACAUCAGUACAGAAGGUUUCUGCCAUCCAGAUGACCAGAAUAGCGAAGUAAAACGGGCCAGGAUAAAUCCUGACAGCUGAGACUUGGAGAUCCCAUCCUUUUACUCACGCACCUGCUUACCAUAAAUGACCAUGUUAUUGUGUAUUGCCAUGGAGUUCAGCACCCAGACAAGCCAAAAACAGAGACAGGGAAGAACUCAUUGUUGAUCACACUGUUGCCUUGGAACCCAUGCAGAAGUAAACUCAGCCACUUUGCUCAGAGAAGUGUUUGACAUGGUCUGAUCCUAGUUACGUGUUGGCUGUAAUGUAUGUUCAGAAGUCAGUCCAAGGAGGUAUGUUCUUCCACAACAGCCUUCUCAGCCUCUGCUGUUUCCUUUGAGGAAGGUAGAAGUGAGUUUCCAUGUUUGCAGAGUUUUUAAAUACCUCACAUUUUAUUAAUGGGAAAUACAGUACCCUUCCCUCCACUCUAUCUGGUAAUUUAUGGUAAAAUUGUGGUUCCGUGAACCAGCUAUUAGUCUCAUCUUCUUAACUCCCUCAGGCAUCAUCAAAUUCUUUGAUCUCCUCUUCCACCUAUCUGGCUCUCACAGAAGAAUCCUUUACACAUGAAAACAAUGGAACUGGAAAAUCUUGUCUCUUAGAAAAGAAAUUAAUCACAACUAUCUCUCUUGCCCAAAAGAUAAAUAUAGGUAAACCCAAGGAAAGGGGAAUUUAGUUUCUCCACAUGUCAUUUCAGUCUCCAAACUCCCUGUUGGCUUUUUAAUGCAAUUUUAAUUGUUGGAAUAAAAAAGUCCCAAGGGUGUUUUGUUACUGUUUUCUCCGUGAAUAAACUCACGUGAUUUUAAAUUAAAGAUCUAUAUCUGUCUUUGGGGUUUGAUCUAUCUGGGAUUAAGGUUUUUUUUUGUUUUUCUUUGCCAUAUUGUUCAUGCUAUUGAAGCCCUCUAGCUGUUUCUGCCCUAUACCAUUCUGCUGUGCCCUAAGUAUUCUUUGUGGCUGUCUCACAGAAGAGAGAACAUUUCUUGAUAUUCCAGUCACUGCUGUAUUGUCUGAGGGUAGGCGGCUUGGAAAAUGUAAGCAACACCAAGUUUUAAUCUUUAUACCCCCAACAAUUUGACUGAGUAUAUCAUGGUCCAGGUUACUUUACAUUUCUCUGGACCUCGGUUUCCUCAUUCAUAAAAUGAAGAUACUAUAGACUACCAUCUUCCUAAAGGGAUAUUGGUAUUUGAAAGAGAAUUAAGUGCUCCUUUCUAGAAACAUGAUGUGUCAAAAUUGUUUUAUUAUAUGGGCUCUUUGAAACAUCCUAACUUCCUUGUGUGGAGGACUGGCUGGAAGCCCAUUUGGUACCUACUGUUUGCAAUGCAUGUUAUUAAAUUUACAUGUCUCCUCUGUCCUGCUCUGCCCCUUUUUUAAAUUACUGGAUUGAAUAUUGAGUUCAUAUGGUAAUAGGGUUUUUUAAAUGAAUAAAAAUUAUGGAUUUAUCUCUUA